AUGACCAGCAAUAGCAAUAUCUUGCAUGAAGGAGUGCCGCAUCCUGAACAAGAUGGAAGCCAUGGGCAGCGCACCUUUCCACCACUGUUUGCAGGGCAGAAACUAUGGUUCCAUCAUCAGAUCCCCCAACGGAAAUGGCUGGUCGAUAAUGCCAAACAAUAUGGCGCCACUGUUGUCGGUCUAGACAAGCAAGCAGACAUCAAACUGGUCGACCACGCCAAAAAGAAUAACGCGCCAGGUACGCAUUCGUACAAAUAUGUCGAAUUCUCCAUCCGGAAAGGAAGGUUGGAGAGCCUCGCCGACCAUGCCGUCGGGGUUGCUACUUCAGCCGCCCGACCUGUCGGAAGUACAGUGACAGCACCAAGAACGGGAAGAAUGCAUUUUACAUCAGAUGAGGAUCAGUUCUUGUGGAACUGGGUGAAACCAUUCGAAAGUAGAGGGGGUCCGUCAAAGGGGAACGAGAUCUACAAGCAGAUCGAACGAGUGAACCCAAGGCAUACAUGGCAGAGCUGGCGGGAAAGAUGGCUCAAAAUCACCCAGUUUCAGAGGAGACAAAUCGCCUCACCUGCUGAAGAGGUUCAGGAUCGGCCUGAGGAGCAAGCCACGGAAUCCUCGCACGCGUCACCACCAAGAAAGAAGAGGCGAGCUGCUGAUGACGAGGGAGAUUGGAAUGGAGUUGCUCAGGAUCAACAGCAAACGCAGCGUCUUACUACGGUGGCACCCUCCAUGAGGGCCCUUGGACAGGUCUCUAGCUCUGCGUCUGGCCGGCAAGGGUUUAAGAUUGUUGAAGGGGUCAACCCGCCAGAGCAACCACCACAGACGUCUGUUCCCACAAAUGCCCCUGAAAGAGGAAACAAACGACCUGCACCUUCGCGGUUGGAUAGCACGGUGUCAACACCCCGUACACCAUUCACCGUGGAAGAGUACACACAGCUUUAUCACAUGGUCCCCAAGUUAACCAACAUCAGUAUCGAACACUUCCAUAAGUCUUGGGCAGACGUUGCUUCAUCAUCGGAUCACCAACAACACACUGCCGAAGAAUGGGAACGCUUCUGGAUCUUCAAGGUUGUUCCUGAUUAUUGCAACAAAAAGGGCUUGCCAAUUGAGGAGGUGGCUCCUUACCUGGUCGACCAACCAGAAAAGAUAUCCACUGCAGUCUCACCGGUCAAAGAGGUAGACAAGGGUGAGAGCCACGUUACAAGGACCGAUUAUGGACCGAGGACGAUUGUCUGCAGCAAUUGCUUCACGGCCGAGAGCAACAAGUGGCGGUUUGACAAGGAACGCAAUCCGCUUUGCAACCCGUGUGCUGUUUUCUUGAGGACUCACGGAGUUCCCAGGCCGUCCAUGAACGCAGGAGCGGGAUGUGACGGUGAAGAGCGCACAUUGCCUGUGACGAAGACACCAUCAGCUACCUCUCGUUGGCAUGACCUUACUGUAGUAACACCUUCAUCAACUUACGUGAAUCGAGCAGUUCAAACCUCGUCAUUAAACCAGAAAGAGGAAGCCGGACCUGAUGAGACAGCAUUCCCCAGAAGUCGUCGUUCCUCGCCUCCACCUAAGUCUCCCUCUUUCCAGCCCGAUUCUCCAACGUUGGAGCGACGUCCUGAGCCUAACGAAGCGAGAAAAAGAAGCGCAGGUCGAGGUACUCAGUCACAAUCAACCGAAAGCUCCAAUAACCCUGAUUCACAGGCUACGGCACAAGCGUCAUUUAGUUCAGUAUUUGAGGCCGCUAUGGGUGAGGUACAGUCGACGCAACGGGAUACACAGCAUGAAGAACGAUCAGAGACUCAGUUGCAUGAGACCAGUGCUGCAACUUCCACAUUCCAAUUUCCUUCGAAUAUACAAGAAAACAGACCAUCAUUGCUCGAUGAUCCAAGGAACCUAGACACCGCACAUGAUUUCUGCCUGGGUCCUGAUCGAGGACCUCCCCGUGAUCGGCCUGACGCCCACCUGACGGGAUUGGAAGAAAAUGCAACUGUCUGGGGGCCCCAGACUCAAACUUCCGUAGCAACCCCUGUACGCUCCCAACCAGAUGAGUCAACAUUGUUCAUUCCUGAGCAUGACGAGGACGACGAAGAGGACUACAUUGAAGCCGGAGGGGAAGGCGCAUCGACUACGGACAAUCAUUAUACAAGCGUCAGUCCAACCUCUCGAUCCGACUCGGAACCUGAUGCAAAGGUUGACCACGGAGAGCCCUCGCACAAUGUUCUAUCAUGGGCGACAACAGGGCAGUACGAAACAGGACAGGAAAGCCUCGAAGCUUGGGAGACAGCGCCAGACAACCAGCACAUGCAAGCGAAUAGACGGGCCACGACACAGGAACUGUUGGAAGACCCCAAGAUUGGUAGUAAUGCUUUGGACCUCGAGCUCGAGCUCCCUGAGCCGGAGGGCGGUUGGGAUACGAUCCUUGGCUCCACUUCUUCCCAUCUGUAUGCCGAAUACAGCGAGAUUUCAAACCUGAACGUCCAAGAGAGCGAAACGCUCGACGCCAGCGACCCGGACGCUAACGUGGAGAUCGAGCGCGACAUAGAUAAAGAACUGCAUUUACUUUCUCCGCCUCCACCUGGGACUCGUUCUCUGGACGCAGAAAGCAACGCUGACGAUGAAGAAGAGGCCCGUAAAGUGGACGACUGGAUGGCACUCCAGAGAUCUCUUCAUCCCCAAGUGAAAAACAUUCAGCACCUGCUGUUCAAGGCCCUCGAGUCUACGACCUUUGAUCUUGUUCUCGCUACCACUGUCGUCGAUAUCAUGCUGGAAAAGCUGAUGAGGCCGACUUUGAGACGUCGAUCUCAUGUUGUCGCUGCAGAUGAGAUCGAGGUCCCACAGGAUUUGAAGGGCGUCUGGACUGAGGAAGACGACAAUCUCUUGACCAGCACCAACACUAGAGACAUUGAACGGGUUCUGGACAAACAUGGCCGCGAGGGCUGCGAUGCCCGCUUCGAGUAUCUCGACAAGGUUGCGGAGACAUGA